AUGUCGUUCUUUGAAGAAGACGACGUGGAAUUCCGGGCAGUGUUUUUCACGCUGCUCUUGUUGGUGUUCAUCGUAGGAUUAAUUGGUAACGCUACAGUGUGUCACACGUAUCGUAAAAAUUCUUUGGUGCAAACUGUAACUAACCUAAUCAUUAUUAACACGGCAAUAACAGCAAUAUUUCACUGUCUUUUUAAUAUUCCUUUGUCAUUAAUCUACCUCGCCCUGGAUGAUGAAUUACCUGCAGGAGCGUGUAAAGCAAAUGGCUUUAUGAACUCAAUUUGUUUGUUUGAGUCAAUGUUCUCGUUACUCGUUCUCAGUUGUAGCCGUUACUGGUGCAUACUACGACCGACCACCUUCCAAGCAAUCUUCAGUAAAAGACAUACUUUGUUUCUGUUGUGCAUCACAUGGCUGCUCGCGAUUGCUCUUUCUUCAGCGCCGUUGAUGGGCUGGUCACAGUUUCUUGAAAGUAAAGGUAAAAUGAUGUGUGUAUCCAUGUGGCGUAACUCUCUUUCCUACACGAUAUUCAUCACCCUAACUGUUUUCAUAAUCCCAAGUUUUGCAAUCAUCGGGAUCUACUACAAGAUCUACAAACACAUAAGAUCGCAUGAAAGAAUGUUAAAACUGUACAGAAUUGUGUGUAUCAGCCAAGUGUAUACUCCAAGACGGAAAAACUACUCUAAAUCUUUGUUUAAAGAUUAUCAGGUCACAAAACUUAUAUGGACAUUGUUUAUUAUAUUUGUGGCCUCCUGGUUCCCAUAUUUUGGCGUAAACCUAAUCUUUGAAUCUAUACAAAGUGCUAUACCACAAGGCGUGGACGCCUUUUUAACUUUGACAACGAUUUUGAAUACGACAUGCAGCCCUAUCAUAUACGGUUUAGUUAACAGACAAUUUCGAAAAGGAUUCUGGGAGAAUAUUUGUUGUUGGAAGCCAAGAAAUGUUUCGCACGGCCCAAGACGUCGAUGGAACAGAAACUACGAUUCAACCGACAUGAGAUCAAGUUUUAGAACAUAUCAACAAACAAGUCGCGCUCAUUUUCAUGAAUUGAAUGCAAAUGAUGUUGCAGCUGUUUGUGUUACAGCUGUGUAGUUUAGUAUCCUGAUAUUUCAUAUCUGGCAUCUCUCGCCUGCACCUCGGGUGUCAGCCUCGCGAGUGGACUAAUGUAUACCAGAAGCGCGCGCAUCUCGAGGGAACGCAUGCGCAAAUUAGAAAAACAAACUAGUAUUGAACU